UCCACCCGCAGCGGAGAGGAAAGAAAGCCCUCCAAGAAGAGGAAGAAGAAGCGAACUCGGAUCCGCGCCCCGCCCCAGUCAAAUCAAUCCCCUCCGAAUCUCGCCGCGGGCGCCGCAGGAUCGCCGUCAAACCCUAGGGAGGAAGGCGGACAAGGGUGCGCCAGCGCGAGCCUCGGCUCCCCAUGCCCUAGCCGGCCGGCCUGCCCGCCUCCUUUGUUGCCGCCGGUCGCCUUGGGGCUCGAUGUCGUGGAGGGAUCCCGCGGUGCGGGCGACGGGGAGGUUCAACUCCCGGCCGCAGCCUGUGCCGCCGGCCACGCCGCACCCCCCGCCGGUGGUGGUUAUCGACGAGGAUGAGGACGACGUUGCUGCGGAAUCUGAGGUUUUCAUUAUUGAUGAUGAUGAUGAUGUGGAGAUAGCCCGUGUGACGGCUGCGUGCAGUAGCAAGAAAGGGAACAGCUCUUGUAGCAAUGUGAUCAACAUAGAUGAUGAUGAUGACGAGGAGGAGGAAGAGGAGGGUGGUCGGGCUGGCCCCAGCAUGGCAGGCGCCGGCUCUCCAGCGGCGACAACUACCCCUGUGCGUGCUUCUCCUAGAAACAGAUAUGGGCUGGAUUAUGUUUCUGACAGUGAGGACAGUGAUCUCUCUGAAGGACCGGACUCAGACUCAGACGGCGAUGGCAGCUCGGAUUGUGAGAUUCUGGGUGACACUGGGACUGCUCGUAAGGUUUGGGAGAAGGCUGCUUCAAGAAAAACAACGCUUCAUCAUCCCCCGCAUCGAAAAGAUGGCAGGGCUAGUACUUCUGCAUCGAGUGCCGAGUCAAGUACACACUAUGAUGAACCUCCAGAGAACCUCUUCUCUCCAUUGUGCCCUCUAGAUAAUGACAUCUUGAAAUAUUUUAGUGGUGCAUUUAACCCAGCUGGGCAAAGUAGUAGAAAUGGUGCAAAACAUGGCACUGGCCCUUCUUCAGUGCCUAAUGCCCAGGAAGGUCCGAUUGACAAUGAUUCCCAUGGAAAAGAAACUGAAGACCACAAUCCCGCUCGCAGUUCAGAUCCUGAUAUGCGUUACAAUGGCCCUGUUCCUGAAAAAGCCCCAGAAAGAAGUCACCAUCCUCACCUAGAUGAAACCAUGAAACCCGAAGGGCACACACGCUAUAACUUUGUCUCUGCAAAUAGGGUUUUUCCUGCAUACUCAGCUGAUUGUAAAGAUGAUAGUCCUAUAUUUGUCAGCACUCCUGAAAGGAUGGAUGAAAAAAUACCUGAAGGCACAUCUUUGGCAAAGGAUGGACGGACUGCCCACAAUGAAGCUGCCAAACAGAAGAAAAAGAUGUGCUUUGCACCAGAUGAUGAUUCUUGUGUGGAUCAACUCAGAGAAGAUCCAGUUUUUACUAGCAGGCUUGGUGGCUUGAGACAAUCUGGAGAAUACUUUAAUGAUAAUGCUCCCACAAAGGAAGCAUCGGGGACUUGCUCCUUGCCUCAGAAGGAUUUGGUUGAAGAUCCUGAAAAGUUAGGACAAUCUUCUAUGAUAAUUGGCGGCCGUGAAAAGCACAAAGAAUCUGAUGAGUACAAAAGGGCACAAGAGGAGGAGUGGGCAUGCAGACAGCGUCAGUUAGCAAUACAGGCUGAAGAGGCAAAAGAGGCAAAGAGGCUACGGAAGAGAAAAAAGGCUGAAGCUUUGCGACUGCUCGACAUGGAGAAGAGACAAAAGCAAAGACUGGAAGAAGUCCGUGAAACACAAAGAAAGAGUGAAGAAACUAUACAGCUGAAGGAGCAGUGUCGAGGGGCGGUAAGAUUGGAGCUUGAAAUUAUUGAAAGGAGAUACACUGAUAUGACUUCAAUAUUGCGUGCAUUGGGCAUUCCUGUUGAAGGGGGCGAGGUUAAAGCUGCCUAUAAGCAAGCCCUCCUGAAGUUCCAUCCGGACAGAGUAUCGAGAAACGAUAUUUAUGAGCAGGUCAAAGCAGAGGAGACGUUCAAGUUCAUCUCGCGCUUUAAGGAGAAGCUGAGGAUAUAGCUUCCCUGCUACCAGUUAUGUAGGAGGGUUAACUUUUUGAUAGGCUGAAAUCUUGUCAGCAGGUCAAGCUGUGAAAUUAAUUGACGCUGAACGUAAGACAGUGUAAUCCUUAGGAUUAGCGCGGAGCAUUCCUGAUCCAUCAUUUGAGUUUUUCUUUUCAGUGGCAUGUGCUCUGCUUAGCUUAAUGUUAUUCCAAGUUUAAUGCCGGGGAAAUGUUUAGAGGUGGCAGGUAGAAGGAUCGUUUUCACUGAUGACCCAUCACCAGUGCUUUUUUCCCAUGACGAGAAACGAAGGACUGCUGAUUGUACGAUUUGUUUCCCUGCAAUUUUUUGAGCAGUCAACUAUACCUGUAAUAUAAGUGAAAAUGAUUAUUUCUUCUCCAA